AUGGCUCAACUUGAUGACGAUAUGGGUCCUGCUGCCUUUUUAUGGCCAACAAAUCGAGUUUUCUCUGCUGUCAAUGACAAUACAGCACCUUGUGGCUCAGCAGCGGGAGUUUCAAAUCGAACAGACUUUCCCAUGACGAACGGCGAAGUUGCCCUUGUGCUCCAAGACGACUCCUACAAUAUCAACCUGGCAAUUUCGUACAAUGACAAUCCCACCAGCAAUCGCGACUUUACAACCUUAGUAUCGUCAAGCGACUUUCCUGAACUGGAGCCUGGGCAUGAAUGUUACGCAGUUCCCAAUGCCCCAUCAAGCGUCUCUUCAGGGUCUAACGCAACAUUACAACUCAGUUAUAUUUCCGCGUUUGAGACAGAUACCAAUAGCACCUUUUACGUCUGUGCGGAUAUUAGAUAUGUCCCGCUGUCGCAAUUUACCACGGAUAUUCCAUGUUUCAAUGUAUCUAUUGACGAUCCAACGGCCGUGACUUCUUCACAGAUUGGCGGUGCUACCGCCACUUCAACCGGAUCCGGAUCAACUUCGACAUUGUCAACUAGUUCGGGAGGAAGUAGCUUAUCGGGUGGUGCGAUUGCUGGAGUCGUCGUUGGCGUUGUUGCUGGUGCAGCACUCAUCGCGGGAGCUGUACUCAUGUUGUGGCGGCAUUAUCGACAAAAGGCACUUCGGGAAAGAGCAAUUGCGAUCAAAAUGAGUGAGCUUACGAACCCAACUCGCUCGGAUGAUCGAAUGUCUUGA